AACAAUCACUGCUGAUGAAGACAAGUCAACUACUACUACCAAAGAUAAUCAUACAAAGAGUAUCACUUCCGAAGAAGAUAUACCUACUAAAACAACCGAUAUGGAUGAAGACGCGUCUAUCAUUACUACUAUCGAGGAUGAUCAUACAAAGAGUAUGACUUCUGAAGAAGACAAACCUACUAAAACCAUUUCUACUGAUGAAAACAAGUCUACUAAAUCAGUCAUGCAUGAAGAGGAAAAGAUAAUCAAAACUACUACUGCUACUGCUACUACUACUACUACUGUAUUAGAUGACAUUAAGCCAACUUCAGAUAUGGAUAAUAUGACUGAAAAGCACACCAAGACGAUAACAACAUCCAAACAGAAUAUGUCAAAUGAGAUAACUACUUCAAAUCAUGAGAAAUCAACAAAGACUACUAGUUCAAACGAGGAAGAGCCAACAGACAUGACUACCACUCGAUUUAAAAAUUACCAAUCAACAACAACUUCUAAAGAAGAUAAAGUUACCAAAACGAUCACAUCUAUUAAUGAAGAGUUUACCGAAACUACUACUUUAGAUGAAGAAAAGCCUAGCACUACAACUAGUAAGAAAUCUAUUACUACUACUACAAUGAUUUCAGAUGAAGAUAAGCCAACGAAAACAAGUGCUUCAGAUGCAUUUACAACUACUAAAUCAGAAAAGCCUACUAAAGCAUCUACUUCAUAUGAAGAAGAUGAACCUACUACACUAAUUACAGAAACAUCAACAUCAAUAAAGUCUAUAAAAACUAAAACAACAAUGAUAGAAGAUAAAGAUCAAACUACAAGUUCAGAUGAGUUAACUUUUACAAAGACAACUGUUAUUGAUGAAGGACAAGAAACAUCUACGAUAACAUCAACUACUGCUACUACUACAACAACAACAACCCAUAGUGAAGAGCAAGUAAUAACGGAAAGCCCUUCCAAAACAUAUAGUCCAACAAAAGAUGAUGAGCUUAUUACAAGUACUACUCCCUCAUAUGAGCCCACAGAAAAUAAAAGCACUACAAUAACAAGUACCACUUCAACCACUGCUGAUACAGCAACAACAACAACAACAACUACUACUACAACUACUGCAAAUAACAGUAAUAAUAAUAAUAAUAAUAGUAAUAAUAAUAAUAAUGAUAUUCAAGCAACAACAACGUUUAAACCAACUUCCAUUUAUCACUAUCAAACCCUUUCCUGGCUAUCUGAGUCGUUCAGUAUUUCUAUUCCUACUGUUACUAACCUUACGACAAAAACUAUAUCAAGUACAAGAAAACCAACCACAACAGCUCCAUCUAUGAAUGACAAUAUUCCAGAAUAUAUUGCUCCCAACAUAGAUGCCAUUAUUCCUGAUACAAGUUCGUUAGUUCAGAUGAAAUUUAAAUACGUAUCAUACACAGAUAUGGUCCAGAACGCUGUAUUAACUGCUCAAUUUGUGCAAAAUCUACCCAUUUUAUUAAGUAAUUCUUUGGGUAUUCCAGUAGAUGAUGUCAUUAUCAUCACUAUCACCAGUGCAGCAGAUAAAGAAAAGGUGCAAAAGAGAAAUCUUUUAGAGCAGCGUGAUAGUGAUACAGGUGGUAUUGUAGUCUCGGUUGCUAUUCCUAAGGAUCAUGUGUUCGAAUUGCAAGACUUGAUUACUCAAACAAAUUCAAAUCUCUAUUCUUCAUCAAACGGUCAGUUAGCAUCAAUGAUUGAUCCAACUUAUCCCAUCCUACGUAGUGGUAAAUUAUCACGUUCUGAACAUUUAUAUAUAUAUAUAUAUAUUCUAUAGAAAAUAAUACUAAUUCAUGCAUUAUUUAGCUAUCAACAUAUCAGGUCCGAGCAAUAAUGGGGCAAUUCUUCCAAAUCUAAAUGAUCCUAAUAAUAACAAUAGCAAUCCUAAUUUAAACAAUCAACAUACAAACACGAAUAGUAAUCCUGAAGACUUUAAUAACGAUGAUGGCUUAUCAAAGGCCUCCUUGAUCGGCAUUUGUGUCUCUGUUGGUAUAGUGGUAUACGCGACUGCUACUGUAGGCGCCAUCUUUAUCUAUCGUAGACGGCGCAUAGCAAAAGAACAAAAGGCGAUUGCAGAACAUCAGAUGUUUGCUCAAAGUAUUUCUGAACCCAUUAUGCAAGAGAAUUCACUAGGUUGGUCCUGUCAAAACGAAGGAACUCAUAACAAUAAUCAUUAUCUCUACAAUUAUCAUAAAAACAAUACAAAUCAAUGGUAAAAAAAAAAAAGGGAAAAUCAAUCAUGAGGUGUUUAUU